AUGCGCGACUCGUCGACCGCCUCGCACGCCUCGCCCCGAUCUCUCCUCCCACUCCGCCGGGUCCGCCUCGGCGCCAUCCUCUCGCUCGUCGGCGCCUUCCUCCUCCACUGCCGCUGGGUCCUCUUGAACGGCGCUUCCGUCCCCUACCGCCUGUGGACCGUCCUCGUCGGCGCGUUCCCUCCCUUCUUGUGGACGUUCCUCUUCAAGCAGGCCAAGCACAUCCCCGACAGCAUCCGUCCACCUAUACAUAUCGACCUCUUGCCUACACUUAACCGCCUGCUCCUCUCGCCGGGCGGCGUCAUUGCCGUCACCAUCUCGCUCAUUCCGCUCGCCCGCCUCGUCUACUACUGGGGUGACGGCGACAAAGAGGGCGACGAGCGCGGCCGAGGGCGAGCUUACGCCGUCAGCAUCCUCCUCUUCCCGACCGCGCUCUGCAUCUCUGCGCUGUGCGCCACGGCCGAGUCGUCGGACCGGCUCGACCUCCUCGCGUUCAGCACGUACGGCGCGCUCCACUUUGCGUCGCCUAUCGUCGCCGGCUGGUGGAUCUGGGGCUUUGGGUCGCAGGGUGCGGCGAGCACGUUUGGGUGGACGCUCGGCGCGCAGAACCUCGCAGGCUUGGCGACGCACCUCGUGUUCCCGAACGCGGCUCCUUGGUUCUACGACGUGUACGGCAUCGAUGCGGCGCAGCCUGACUACACGUACCCCGGCAACCCGGCUGGCCUGGUCCGGGUCGACACGAUUCUCGGCACGCACAUCUACGCCAAGGCGUUCGGCAAGGGCCCCGUCGUGUUCGGCGCCAUCCCGUCGCUCCACGCCGCGACGGCCAUCUGCUGCUGCCUCUUCGUGUGUCGGUACAGCAAAGGGUAUCGCGGGCUCGCCUUCAUGUGGAUCUACUGCGGCAUCAUGUUCUGGUCGACGCAGUACUUUCACCACCACUUCGCGAUCGACCUCAUCUGCGGCACCUUCUACUCGCUCGUCUCGUUCACCCUGUUCGAGCGGGUCCGCCUGCGCAAGCUCGACCGCGCCCACUACGCCAACGCCCUCACCAACGGCUACGAGCGCCUGUUUUUCACCAUCCGCGACGGCGACAACUGGACCGAGUACGGCGAGCGCAUGCUGCGGCGCCUCGGGCCGGGCGCGCCGGGCGAGGGCGAGGAGAAGGGCGGCGCGCUCGCGCUCAGUCGGAGCACGAGCAGCGGGAGCAGCGGUGGUCGCGGCGUCGGCAGCUCGGGCUCGUCGGGCUCGUCGCCUGCCUCGAGGUCGGCCGGCGGGUCGGGAGGGGGUCGAGCGGGAGGGUACGUCUCGCUCCCGGCCGAUCGCCAGAGCGAGGACGUGAGCCCGCAGUCGGUGUUUGAGCUGGGCGAGGUCGGCGUAGACAGCGAUGACGAGGAUGGCGGGCGGGACCAGAGGGAGCCGCUGCGUCUCGGUCAGGGGACGAGGAGGGUGGCGGCCGUCGUCUAGUUUGUAGAGGGUCCGCACUGCACAGAGCCAGACGAGUCACGCGAU